AUGAAGAAAGCUGUUAUCAAGAUUCAUCUGCAGGUUUUUGUGUGGAAGGAUGGACACCCGUUUGGGACAACGUGGUGUAGUACUCUAGCUCGGAUUUCCACAACCGUUGAGGAGGACGACCAGUUUCACUUUGCCUUGACUGAUCCUCUUCAGAGUCUUCUUGUAUUCCAGCAUACAGUCAUUUUGGUGUCACUCCAUCUGACAGUGUCUCCAGUUGUGGUCUGUACCCUUUCUAUUCUCUUAGUGACACCUCUCAUUGACCGCUUCCAUGUCUACCCCUGCCUCCCGCUCAUUCCUCAGGCCUCAGGGCUGCCAUCUGCAUUCUUCCUUGUUGAUGUAAAGCUGUCUGUUUCACAUUUGCAGAGCUCGGACAUCCUCAGCACCAUUGGUUAUGACAGCAUCAUUCAGCACCUGAACAAUGGCCGCAAGAACUGCAAAGAGUUUGAAGACUUUUUAAAAGAAAGGGCAUCGAUUGAAGAGAAAUAUGGCAAAGACCUGCUCAGCCUUUCUAGGAAGAAGCCAUGUGGACAAUCUGAGAUCAACACUGUAGGAUCAGCACUGGACUUAGAACCACAAGAAGUAGACAAUGUGGCACAAUGUCACAUUCAGCUUGCACAGACUCUAAGAGAAGAGGCCAGAAAAAUGGAAGAAUUCAGGGAAAAGCAAAAGCUACAACGGAAAAAGACUGAGCUUAUAAUGGAUGCUGCCCAUAAACAAAGGAACUUACAAUUCAAGAAAACCAUGGAUGCCAAGAAGAACUAUGAGCAGAAAUGCCGGGACAAGGAUGAAGCAGAGCAGGCUGUCCACAAGAGUGCCAACCAGGUGAACCCAAAACAACAAGAAAAGCUUUUUGUGAAACUGGCGACAUCAAAGACUGCAGCAGAAGAUUCUGAUAAAGCCUACAUGCUGCACGUCAACACGCUGGAGAGGGUCCGAGAAGAGUGGCAGAGUGAGCACAUCAAGGCCUGUGAGGUAUUUGAGGCUCAAGAGUGUGAACGGAUAAACUUCUUCCGGAACGCGCUGUGGUUGCAUGUGAAUCAACUGUCACAACAAUGUGUCUCAAGCGAUGACAUGUAUGAAGAAGUCCGCAAGAGCCUAGAAAUGUGCAGCAUAGAAAAAGACAUUGAGUACUUUGUGAAUCAACGAAAAACUGGGCAGAAUCCACCAGCACCAAUCGUAUAUGAGAACUUUUACUGCCCCCAGAAGAAUGUGACCCUGCCAGGAAAGGCUACAGGACCUAACAUAGCAAGGAGAGGACCUCUCCCACUUCCAAGAAGUGUCCCAGGUGAUCCUGAUUACUCUUUGGUUGACAACUACAGUUUGCUGUAUCAGUAG